AUGAGAAAAGAUAGACAAAGGAAGGAGGAGGAUCGAGGGUUCAGCACCAUGAAGCUUAGCCAAGAGUACGUGACAAUGAUCUAUACUAAAGAGGAGCCUCGAGUGGAAAUCAGGAGCGAGAGGAUCGCACGGGGCGAAUAUGGCGGUAAAGGGGUCAUAUACUUCCUUUUCAAAGUGACUGUGCUGGAUGCCGAGAAGAUCAAAGAUAACUUGGAGAUCCGAUUCCAGUUUCUCAAUGAUCCAGGAACGAAGAAUCGUGGACGUGAGUCAGGUGUGACCACGGGGACUGAGCAGCUCACUUUAAACCACAAGGAACAAAGAGGCGACACGAAGGCUUGGAAUCAAUCCACCUUUUGGGAGUUGAAAAUUCAGGAGAGGACCCACGAAGUUGAAGCUAGUCUCAAACGCCAUGGCAGCGAGGCUCCGUUGAUACCAGUCCCUUUCAAUAUGCAGUUUUUGAUCUCCGAUUGUGGACAGACACCGUUCUAUAUCGCGUGCGAUGUUGAUUGGAAACGGAAUAAUAGUCUGCUCUCAGACGAUGGACGUACCAGCAAGUGGCGGGAGGUUGAUAUGACUGAUCGAGACGACGAGGAACUUGAUUUCAAGGACUGGAAACGAAAUCAUUGGGAGAGAAUAGGCGAUCCUGUUGGUUUUGAUAAAGAGUAA